ACACCUAGUCGCCUGCUAUUUUAUGUCUUUGAUUAUAGAUAUUAAGUGAUAGCUCAAUUCUGGUAAUAAAUUCUAUUUUAAAAAUAAGCACAAUACCAUAACAAUAUUAUGAAAUAUGGACAAACAAAAAGAAGACAAUUCGCAAGAUUUGUUAUCUGCCGCUCUAAGCCAGAGUGGGUUGAUGAACUUUGAAUCUCCCGUAUUAAAUCAACCCAAUACUCAAUUACAAAGCAACACUGUCAAUUUCAAAGAAUGUGAACUCCUAACCGCACUCAAAACUGAGCAGAACAAAGCCCCAAUCCCACCACAUAAUCCUCCACAAGUGAAGAUGAUCAGUUCCAACUCCAUCCUCACUUCUUCAUCUGCAUCAAUAGUCACACUUGCCCCACAAAACAUCGUCCAUCAUAAAACUUUGCCAAAUACUUCUGGGGCUAGAACAGUUACUAAGAUCAAUGGUCCUAAAAUCAUCAAAAUUCCAGCUUUAAAAGCAGGCUCCAUCAUAAAAAUCAACAAGUUCGGAAAAGCUGAUAUUAUUCAACGAGUUAAAGGCAACGUGGUGCAGAAUGGGUUAAACACAUUAAACAAAGAAUCCAUAAACACAGAUGGAGCCAAACAAGUCACGAUAGCUAGCAGUUUACCAACCACUAUAAUCAGAAACACUGCAUUGGACUCUAAACCACAAUUGCCAAAAACUAUAUUUUUACCUGCAAAGGACAGUGCACAUAGUAAUGUAAUAUCAACGACAAGAGCGGGUACUCCGCCAAUUUCUACGCUAAGAAAUCCUCAAAAAACUGCGAUAAUAUCAUCCAUCCCACCAAGCACUGUACGCUUGUCACGGUCCGCUAGUUUUAAUGUUCCAAUUCAACGGACGCAGCAAAUCAUUUCCACCCAAAUUCCAGCCGUUCCUCAAACCAAUAAAAGUCAAAGCAGCUGCAAUUUGGGCAGUUUAUUUGUUGAAACAGUUGAAAAGUCGGCAAGUUUUAACGCACCGCACUCCCCAUUUUCCCUGGUUCUUCCUGAACCAAACACACAGACUACUUCUCAAUCAUUGUCUCAUUUUUUUACGACCAACAUCACAUCUAGUGACGUCAGCAAAUCACAUUCCAUCUACGCUUCACCCUCCUUACAAAGAAACAUUCCACCUACAGUAGUCCCACCAACUAUCCAUAUACCACAACCUACACCUGAUACAGGGCAAGGUACUGUAAGGUUCUAUGGGAAAGGUCUAGCUCUCAGAACAUUGUCGAUGCCAGCGUUGAAACCUGGUGAAGAAUUGGCAGCUGAAGAGGAGAGAGAGGAAGAAGCAGAGAUGCAACACACUCACACUUAUGCACUUUAUAUGCCAAGCAAAUUGAACAUUGGUCACCCCCAUCCAGACAGUGUGGUUGAAACGAGUUCAUUAUCCAGCAUUAUGCCCCCUGAUAUAAAGUACCAACUAUCUAUACCUCAAUACACCAUAGAUCACUGUCUGUUGUCGGCACUGCAGUUGGAGUCAGUUGUUUAUGCUUGUCAGAAGCAUCAGAUGUUUUUACCCAAUGGAGAGCGCGCCGGUUAUUUUAUAGGGGAUGGGCCAGGGGUGGGGAAAGGGAGGACUGUGGCUGGUGUCAUCUAUGAGAAUUAUUUGUUGGGAAGGAAACGAGCUUUAUGGUUUAGCGUUUCGAAUGAUCUUAAAUAUGAUGCAGAGCGUGAUUUGCGGGACAUUGGUGCAAAAAAUAUUAAAGUUUAUUCAUUAAACAAGUUUAAAUAUGGAAAAAUCACUGCGAAAAACAACGGAGCCGCAAAGAAAGGCGUUAUAUUUGGAACUUAUUCAUCUCUUAUUGGAGAAAGUCACCAACAAGGAAAAUAUGGGACCAGGUUGAAGCAGAUUCUUAACUGGGUGGGAGAGGAUUUCGAUGGCGUGAUUAUUUUUGACGAAUGUCAUAAAGCAAAAAACCUUGUACCAUCUGGUUCUGGCAAAUCAACUAAAACCGGACACACAGUUCUGCAGCUGCAAACCCAUUUACCAAAUGCCAGAGUUGUAUAUGCGAGUGCGACUGGUGCAUCGGAGCCCAAGAACAUGGCUUACAUGUCAAGACUUGGUUUAUGGGGAAGUGGAACUCCUUUCCCACAAUUCACGGAUUUUAUUCAGGCUGUGGAGCGGCGCGGUGUCGGAGCCAUGGAACUUGUAGCCAUGGACAUGAAGCUAAGAGGCAGCUACAUUGCUCGUCAGCUCAGCUUUUAUGGCGUUUCCUUUCGGAUUGAGGAAGUUCCUUUAAACAAUUCCUUCAUCUCAAUGUACAACAAAGCUGUGAAACUGUGGAUGUUGGCCCGAGCUGCCUUCCAAGCAGCAGCAAGCAUGAUAGAAGCAGAAUAUCACAUGAAGAAAUCAAUGUGGGCGCAAUUCUGGUCGGCUCAUCAGAGGUUCUUUAAAUAUCUGUGUUUAUCUGCCAAGGUUGACUACACAGUGUCGUUGGUCCGUGAAGCAGUGAAACACGGAAAAUGUGUCGUCAUUGGUUUACAGUCAACCGGUGAAUCACGAACUCUUGAUCAACUUGAGAAAUGUAACGGAGAACUUGAUGAUUUUGUUUCAACUGCAAAGGCUGUGUUUGAGACAUUGAUUGAAAAUCAUUUCCCUGCUCCAGAUAGAAAACGGGUAACUGCUGUUUUAGGACGAGAUUUUUAUAAGAAAGAAGAACCUGCUGCUGUUGCUGCUGAGAAAAAAGCUGUGAAACGAAAACGAGUCAAUGGUUUUCUUCCUUAUCAGUCAAACUCCUCAAAACGACAUCGAGGAUCAAAUUCAUCGGAUGCAGCAUCUUCCAGUGAGUCUGAUGAUGAUCUCCUUUCAGCAAGCGAUGAGGAUGAUCUUCCAACAUCCUCCAGUGAUGAAGACAUUCAUAAAAUUUUCGGGGAGCCAUCGGACAGUGAAGAUUGGGAAAAAAGUGAAAGAAAACGAAACAAAAACGAACACAAACUUAAAAAUAAAUCAAAACACAACAACAACAACGGUGUAAAGCAUGAAGAUGGUGAUCAUUCAAGCACGAAUCAUGUGACUAAAUCAACCAAUGAGAAGAAAGAAGAUGCAUCAGUUGUUUUAAAAUCCCUUGAUUCUGUCUCAGGUACACUCAUUUCAUCGUUACCAGGUAUGGGACCAAUAGAACAAGCUCAAGCAUUGAAGAGUGAAUUGCUUGAGAAGCUGGAAACACUGGGAAGUUGUUUGCCCAACAAUAUGUUGGAUGAGCUUAUUGAUUCACUUGGGGGGCCAGAGAAUGUUGCAGAGAUGACUGGUCGUAAAGGUCGAGUUAUCGCAACUGAUGAAGGAAAUGUUGAAUACCAAACAAGAGCUGAGAGCGAUGUGCCAGUGGAAUUACUUAAUAUGACUGAAAAACAGAGGUUCAUGGAUGGUGAGAAGAACAUCGCGAUCAUCAGUGAAGCAGCAAGCUCCGGGAUCUCCCUCCAAGCUGACAAGCGAGCUCGUAACCAACGGCGACGACUUCACAUCACGCUCGAGUUGCCAUGGAGUGCAGAUCGGGCAAUUCAACAAUUUGGCCGAACACAUCGUUCGAACCAGGUAAACGCCCCCGAAUACGUGUUCGUUAUCACCGAGCUUGCUGGCGAACACAGAUUCGCUUCAGUGGUCGCAAAACGACUUGAAAGUUUGGGGGCUCUCACCCAUGGAGACAGACGAGCUACUGAAUCUCGGGAUUUCAGCAAAUACAACUACGAUAAUAAAUAUGGAAGGAAAGCACUGGAACUUGUUCUUAAAUCAAUAGCUGGAUAUGAAAUGCCAAUCGUACCACCACCUAAGAACUAUAAAGGAAACUUCUUUAAAGACAUGGAGCAAGCAUUACAAGGUGUUGGUCUCAUUAUGCAUGAACCUGGUCAAGUGCAUUAUCAACUAGAUAAAGAUUACAACAACAUCUUUAAAUUCAUGAACCGUAUGUUGGGAAUGGAGGUUGAACAUCAGAACGGAUUAUUUCUGUUCUUCACUCAAACUUUAAAUGCAAUUGUACAAGAUGCAAAAAGAUCUGGACAAUUUGAUCAGGGCAUUGUUGAUCUUGGAGCCGAGAACCAAAUCGUUGAAGUCUUGAAGACCAAAGAGUUCCCGAUAAUGUGUGGUGGUCGUGUCUCGCUUCAAUCCGUGCAAAUAGAACGUGGUAUAUCGUGGGUGGAUGCGUUGCGUAUAUUCGAAGAUGGCUCGAUUGGAAGCAGCAGUGGUUUCUAUGUAACUUUAACUCAAAGAAAUGGAAAGCACAUGGUCAUUUUGAUCAUUGAAUCAACGUCUCAGCGCCAUCGAGGGCCGGCGACUUUCGUUGUGUAUCGUCCUAACACAGGGAAGCAAGUACGCAAGGAGACAUUGGAGGAUUUAAAGAAGAAAUACAAGCGAGUUGAAAGCGAUGAAGCAGAAGUUUGGUGGUGUAAACAUCACGAGGCUUCAUUAGAUCAAUGCAGUCACAGAUUUUGGCAAGGCUCUUGUAGCAAAGGCAACAGUUUGUGUCACAUUGGUAAACGGCGUCGUAUGUACCACGUUCUAGCAGGAUCAGUACUCGCUGUGUGGCGUACAGUAGAAGAAGUUCUUUUAAUGGAAGGGGGGUCUAAAUAUAAAAUGCAAGUUGUAAGGUUGAAAACUCAAGAAGGAAAUCGUAUUGUUGGUGUUCUUAUUCCUACCAUUUGCGUCACUAGCCUAAUGGCUGCACUCAAUCGUGAAGCUGAGUCUAUACCAAUAUCAAAUAACGUGGUACAAAACUUCCCGCAGCAGUUAAACGAAUUUUCAAGCGACGAUUCAGAUGAUUAUGAGGACGUUGAACCUGAUGAAAUGUUGUCUAGCGUACUUGCUCCUAAAAGCAAUGUAGUUUGGCAACUGUGACCUAAACAUCUUUUUUUGUCACAAUUGGUAUAAAUCACUUUUCAACAGUCUUAAGAAUUUUGAAGCAACUUGCAGUUUUGAGUUAAAUUUACUUGAGGUUUAUAUUGGAGAUUGUUGCUCGGACGAUUUUACCUUUUUUUCAAAGUUCCGCUGCCAUUUUCGCUUUGUUUUCUUUAAUUUUGAGCAAACCUAUAUUGUUUAGGUUGUAGUGCAUAUGGGGACUCCCACAUCGCCACAAGCCUUUUCUGUUUGUUUAAUUCGAGUUUUUUUUUGAUUAACCGUUUCUUUGACGGUACUAAGUGUGUCUGGUGUUACGGUGGUGGACCUUCACGGAAGUAAGUGCCUGGUCGUUUAUGAGCGGUUUAUUUAGACCACACAUUGAUCCUCGCAUACCUUGCGUGUUAGUCUGAUAUUUGCGCACAAAUCUGCUGAAGAAAUUGUCAAAUCCACUGUUGAGCAUUACGCUACUUUUAGGUGUUGAUUCGCCUGAAUAAACCAGAUACUGUCUGGUUUAACU